AUGUCACUGCAACGAACAGGAUCAACGCACAGGGAAAAGCCACUCAAGGCUCUGAAGCUCCGUUUUGACUACUGCGACCCGUCGAUGCAUUUUAGAUCUUACAUCAGAUCUAUGAUACCUCACGACGCAGCCAUCCUGUAUGCUGUUCUAGCUAUUUCUACCAAGCAUCGCGAGUUAAUGACGGGCUUGAAGGGAAUAGAGGAGGCAGACGAAUAUGAGAGGAAGUGUCUUGAGGUGUUGAUCCCGUCUCUCAAUGACACAGACCGCGCUUUGCAAGAUGCUGCACUAGCUUCUGCACUGCUUCUUCGCUUGUUCGAGGAAAUGUCAGUGCCGAUCGAGCAGCAAACUAUGAGUUCACACGCUGUUUCAGCACCCAUCCUCAUGCAAAUCAAACAGGGCAAUAUACGAAGCUCUGGAUUCAGCGACGCAGCAAUGAUUGUCGCCUUGCGUCAAGAGAUUUUCAUCGCGAAUAUGACGAAACAGCCAGUGCAGCCCAUCAUCGGCUAUUGCAGUAUAGACGAAACUUUACGACCGGCUUCGGAUGCCAUGUGGGCUUAUCGAAUGAUUGCGCACGCGGCCCGUGUGACCACUUUUGUGCACAGCACCGGCGGACAUGACGCUGGAGAAUGGGCGAAGCUCUGGGAAUACUUGCGAGACUGGGAUCGGUGCAAGCCCGACUCGUUCACACCCAUGUACCAGUCGUCAACGACGCGCAGCCCUGGCCCGUCGACCGGGGAGGCGAGUAGCUUUCCAAGGAUCUACUAUACUUACGAUUGCCCAGCGGCUGCUCAGCAAUAUCUGCAGAUAUGCAGGAUACUGCUAAUGGGCUGCAUACCUCCAACUUGCACCCAGUAUUCCGACGAAGAAGCUAAGUCUCCUGGGUCACGAGAAGAUAAGAUCAGGGAGGCAGUUCGAAUCAUAUGCGGCAUCUCGAUCUCGAAUCCUGAGUAUGUGCCAGCACGGUUGACCGCAGGUCUAGCCGUUGCUUUAUGCGGGCAGCACUUUACAUGUCCCAGCGAGACCAAGGACCUCCUUCGCAUCGUGUCCGAGGCAGAGCUGCACUUGGGAUGGCCAUGUCUGAAAGUGAGCCUCACGCUCAGGGAUAUCUGGGGCUUACAUGAGUUCACACUUGAUUAG